GGGACCGUGGCAUAGGGAUGACGGGACACGAAAGCGAUGGGCGUCUAUGAGUGACUCGUUUGGCGCUUCAUCGGGUUGUAGUCCCGGAGGUGCAGUGCAACACGCUGUUCAAGACUCGCCGUAUAGAAGGAAGACAAAAAUGCAAGACCACGAGUCGGGCACAGACUGGUUCUUAUCGACCACAACGAAUUGGCCAGCUCUCGGUGGAAAUCAAGACGUUCAUGUCACUGAGGCGAAGACAAAUUGGCCGACUUCAUCAUCGAUGCCUGGAAAUGGAAUCACGAAUCGACAUCGAGUAGAUGAGGAUGACGCUAUCAAAAAUGCCAACAAGAACUAUGGAGGACCACUUGUUGCUGGGUCUCGAAGUUCUCCAAAUUUACUGGUUGCAUCAGGGAGUAACUUCUUCAAUCCUGCAGGGCAGCAGCAGUCUGUUAAUUAUAUACCUUCACGUGAAGGCUCGAAAUCUUCGUCCUACAAGGAAUCUUCAUCGUCCUACAACAACAAAGUCGGAAGUAAUUGUAGUAUUAUGCCUGGCUCGCGGUUGUAUGGGUCGAAAGAGACGAGCUCUUCCAACCGUGGUGGUUCUAAAGAAGCAACUUCUUCUGACCCAAUGCUUGUCUCAGCAGCGUCAGCGCCAGACCUACUGCUUGAUGGGCGUCCAUCGUCCAAAAGAAGUAAAAGGACAUCUAGGAGAUCUACUGUUGUUCAACAUUCAUCUUUCUCGGCAUCUUCUUGGUACCAUUUUCCCCUGUUUUCUCAUGAAAUACAAGGCGAAAGGGGUCAAGAUGAGGAGAGGAAGAUGGAUCAAAGCUUCAUCUAAUAUGUCUCACUACAGAGAACGCGCAGCUAGAGGAGGAGCAGGAGCUAGGGAACGCGCUACAGGAGAAAAAGGCAAUGCCCUGGCUCAAGGGUCAGGGCUAUUAUGCGCUGGCGCUUCCCAAUUAAUAUCAAGUUUGACAACUGGUGCCAACGACAUUCUUCUAUGUAGGUGCGGAGUCGGUGUCCUUGUCAGGUGUCCGCGUCCCCUUAAGAAUCGACGCGACAGCAUGGGUAUUUGAUAAGAAGCGCCGCCUUUUUCCCUUAUUGAAGCCUCUGAAGCGGUUGGCCUUCAGCCUUUGGAAUUGGUAGCGCCUGAGCUUCUUACUCGGUGGCCAAAGGGCAUGGGCUCGCCAGGGGCAGCCGGUGGGCCUCUCACUGCGCGACGCUCCCUAUCACCUCGAGGCCGUUCGUCUUGUUUUAGAAUUGCCAAGAACUUUCGAAGCCGGCCCACGUUUUUCCUUGUCUUGAUGAUUCCCAAGGCACUCAGUCACUCGGACUCAGCCAGCCCCCGCGCGAGCUCACCCAUCCACCAGCCAGCGCCCACGCUUCCCAAUUAAGCGCCAGGCUCACUCGCUGAGGGGCUUCAUCAUUAGGCAAAGCAAGGGGGGCCCCGGGUGAGUUUUCGAGAAGCGUCGGGCCAGUAACUAUUGGAACAAGGGCAGAGGCAAAGGGGGGCUUGUUGCGUGAAAUCCGUGCUGUCCAAUAUUGGACAGGCUGGGCACCUCCAUGCCUCUCAGCCCAUAGCUUUUUUCUGAAGAGACGGGCGGCGCCCGUUCUGUUGCUGUCGUGAUCUAGAAGGCAUGGGCGUGCACCAUCGCCAGGGGCUGGCGCUUCACUCAGUCGCAUGCAUUUGCUGGCUGGUCUUUGUUUCAGUCAUGGCGCGUGCUUGAAUUGUGUAACCCAGUCAGUUUGCAAGUAAGUGGGCUCGCUUCUGCCGCUGCUGAGAUCCGGGCGCCAUCCAUCGGCUUCGGCUUCAGUGGCGGCAUUGGGCAAAGGUAUGGCGGGUGCACUUGUGCUCGUGGCUCUCUUGAGUAGUGAACGAAGACAAGAGGGCUAGCACAUAGCUAAGGGGCUCUGCGAGUGGGUUUGCCCUUGUGUAUCCUCCCGCCCCCUGCAAGAAUGUGGAGGGAAUUUAGGCUAGCACUCUAAUGGCCCGCCGGCUUUUCGUUUUUGUGGUCAAGGCCGUCUUCGUUCUGGGACAGAGAGUGAGCCCCAAGGGAAGUCCAUCGCAUUCAUUAGACAAAAGCGCAAAACCGGCCCGCUGGGGCUGGGCAUAAGUGUGCCCCAACCCAAGACGAAAACCAACCAAAGAGAGAAACACACACACACAGCGCCAGGCCAGCAGCUUCGCGGCUGUCUUCGCCUCUGCUUGCGUUUGGUGUCGUGUUCUUUCUCGGUGGUGGGCGUGUCGCUCCGCGUGUGAAGUCAACCAUGGCCAAGCAGCUGGCGAGCCAGCUCGCUGGGCGCUGCUCGGCGGGCGGGGUGUUUCCCACAUUCGUAGCGCAUGCCGUCGGGUGUGAGUGGUGUGUGUCGUGUUGUGAUGUGUUCGCUGCCUGGUGGUUUGGGUAGUGCUUGCGUUGCGAGUGGGUGCGUUAAAGUAAGCAAGGGGUGGCGCACUUGGAUUCGCGGCUUGGGUGUGUUCUUUUCGGUAUUAAUUCACUGGGUGGGGCGCGGGCUGUGCUCUUUUUGUGUGGUAGGUCAGUCAUCUGCUGGCAUUCUUGAAGCGGUGACGCCUGCCACGGUUGGAAGCAGCGGCAAAGCGGUACAAGAGGAGGGCCGCCUGUGCGCGGUGCAAGCACUUUGGGGGGAGAACAGACAAAAAGCCGCCGGGUUUGGGGACGUCAGUACAGUUUCGGGGCCGCUCCAGCUCGUGUGUGUCGUUUGGCCGCAGAGUGGGGAUGGCGGUGGAGGUGGGUGGCCUGGCUGGGGGGCUGCUGCUGGCUGCUGAGCUUCGGCGGUUUGAUUGUUGCGUUGCGUCUGCUCCUCUUCUCUUCUCUGUUGUUGGGAGACCACCUUUCUGGCAAGUGUGGGGCUUGGUGUGUGUUGAGUGUGUUUGCUUGCUGUGUCUGAUGUGUGUGAAGUCGUGCAACUUGAGAAGCCUCCCACCUCGGGAAGGCUCGAGACAAUGGGGAACAAGAUGGAGCUUGAGACAGGGACACCCCGAAAGGACACCGACCGCAGGCCGGAGCUGCAUAGUUCGAGCGGCCGUUUGGAACGUGAUAUGGUCCACGGCAAAAGGCGUCGUGAAUGGGUUCGGCCGGCUGCUCGUUUCUUCUGUUCUUGUUCUUCUCGUUUUGAGUGUUCCAGGAGGGUGCCGCCUGCUUGUGGGAUUUUGCUGGGGUAACAAGCUCGCCUCGGCGUCAGUGAGUCAGGAGGUGGCUGGACUCACUCCUUCCAGCAAGAUUUCGCGUGAUGGUUUUGCCGCUGUCUGUGGUUCGUCUUCCAGACCUGGCGGGGCUUGGAGCAGGGGGAGCAAGAAGACCACAGCCCAGCGCCGCCGCCAGCGUGUGCCCCCUUUGUGUUUCGCAUUCGCUUGGUUGGUCGUUGGUCAGCUUGGGGGGAGCUGGCGCUGUUGGGCUGGAGUUCGCGGAGGGUCUCGCUGCAUGGGUGUGGUUUUCUGUCAGCCGGUUGCGGGGUGUGGGUUGUGCUUGUGCUUGUGGUUUCAGCUUGAUGCCCUGGCCCCUGCGCGCUGGUGACUGCGUGGCACUCACUUUCCCUCACCCGCGCCCACACGAAGGGCGCUGGCGGGCUUUGGUGCUUGUUUCUGCGCGUGUCUUCGUGUUGGGGCCGGGCUCGUAGAAAAAAUUAACCAGGCUGACGCGCUGGAGGCAGAGGGAGAGAGGGGGCAGAGGCUCGCGGCCUCGGUUCUGUGUUUGGUUCUGUCUAGUAGUCGCUUCACCUUGGCUGCGAUCUGGCCAAGCUGACUGACUUUGAGGCACAGCGCCUGCUCCGCCUCGCCCUCGAGGCUGUGCUCGCUGUCGCGCCGCUUUUUUUGUCGUUUGUCUUGCUUUGUCUGAAGGGCUUGCUUUGCUUAAUUUGCUUCGCCCAACUUGCUUCGCCUAGCUUUUUUCACUUAGCUAAUUGGCUCUUUCGCUUUGUCUUGGUGUGGGUUGCUUCUAGCGUUGUCCAAAAUUGGACAGCUUAGCGCGGCUUGCUGGUCUUGGUGUUGGUUGUAGGGAAGGCUGGCUUUGCCCCGCUUGCUGUUGCUUUAUUCUUGUCCCGCUUGCUCUGUCCCACGCCUUUCGUCUGUGCGCCAAACUUGCCCCCUUCCUUGUGGUCUGACUUGCUUUGUCCCGCUUGCUUUGUCUUUCCGUCUCCAGCGCCCAUGCUUUGUCUGACUUGCUUUGUGUUGUCCAGCUUCCUUGCUUCGCCUGGCUAGUUUUGUCCAACUUGUUUUGUCCAACUUACUCUGCGUGAAUCUGACUAGCUAGAGCUACUUCGCCCAACGAACCAGCUUCGUGCCACUGAGUUGCUUCGCCCAACUCGCUUCGUUCACCUUGCCUUGUCCAACUUGCUCGGUCCAAGUUUCCUUGUCUGCGCCCGACUUGCUCUGUCCGCGUCCAACUUGCUUCGCCUUUGUCCAAGUUGCUUUGUGCGCGUCCAACUUGCUUUGUCCCACUUGCAUUGCUUCGGCCUUUGGUAGUCUCAUUUCCUUCGCCCCACAGCUUUGUCUUGCUUGCUUUGUUCAGCUUGCUUGGUCCAACUUGCUUUGUCCAGCUUGCUGCGCUCGCUUGCUCUGUCAGUCCCACUCGUUUCGUCCAACUUGCUUCGUCGCUUCGUCCAACUUGCUUUGUCCAACUUGCUUCGUCCAACUUGCUUUGUCCAACUUGCUUUGUCCGACUUGCUUUGUCCAACUUGCUUUGUCCGACUUGCUUUGUCCAACUUGCUUUGUCCAACUUGCUUUGUCCAACUUGCUUUGUCUGUCCAGCUUGCUUUGGUCCGUGUGGGUUGUUUCUAGUCCUGUCCAAAAUUGGACAGCCCGGCACGGCUUGGCGACCUUGUAAGGGAAUCCUCCGGGUUUCUUGCUCGUGGCUCUUGGGUUCUGGGAGUCUGAAAGAGGUGCCGGCUGCUCUAGAACCGUGCGGAUCUGUGUGCUCGGAAGCCUUUCUAAAGACCUGGACGCCAGUCGGUUUCUAGUCGGUUUUUGGGAGCGGUUUGCUUUGUAUCAUUAUUAGUUUCUUGUUGAAUCGCCAUGCUAUGACGUUGAUUCUGAAGGGGACGCGGACAGUGAACACGGACACCGACUAGCCACCUACAUUCUAAGUAGCGGAGCACAAAAAAAGGCAACCAGUAAUAUUAAGGGUACAAGAAAUUCUGUAUCUUCCCCCAAUUUUCAAUCUUGGUCCCGUUUUUGAAAGGAAAACGGGAAGUCCGAAGGUAGAUAAUUUCUCUUACUUAGCUGUUCUAAAAAUAGUAGCAAUACUUGGAAAGCUAAAGCAGGUGCUGUAGAUCUGGUGGACCUCGAUGGCCUAUGUACCAACAUGGAGAUGGAAGAUGUCGAAGAUUCUCCACAAAGAUUCCAAAAUACCACGAAAACAAGUGCGGGCAUGAGGACUAACACAAAAGAAGGUGCUUGUGCUCCCAGUUCUGCUUCUACAACUAGGCGAUCCACCUCGAAAGACCACAAUAGAAAGGGAGUUACCUACAUGCAGGACCACUUAGGCAUGGAUGAGCAACAAGUUACAGAAGCAAUGUACUCAACGAUUUCGCUUUUUACUACAGUAGAAGUAGGAGAUGAACGAGAAGAUUUUUAUAGUGGUACAACUCCAUCUUCUUCUCCAAAGAGUGUUUUAUUAGGCUCAAGCAGUCUGUCCACCUCAUUGUUAGGCUCAAGCACAAACUCAAACAUCAAAGCAAAAAAGACAAGACAACGUCGAGAAAACAACUUAUCCUUAUCGACGGCUAGCACAGCAUAUUCAUCCGCACUCGCUGCAUCCAUUGAGAUAGAGCAGAUUUCUGCCACGACUGGCCGCGUUGAUCCUUAUGGUGCGAGGCACCAGAAAGUAGAGAAACAACAGCUAGCAUCCUGCUCUUUAUUAAAUCAAGGUUCUGCAUCAACACGAGGAAAACUACAUCGCACAGCAUUAGGUGUAGAACAUCAAGUCGUGCGUGAAGCUGAAGGAGCUGAAGAUGAACAACAUGUCAACAAUAUUAACAGUGACCUUGUAGAAGCAGGCAUUCGUCCUCUUGAAGGUAGAGUAUCACCACCUCCACCUGGCCUUUCAUUACCGGCGGGAUUGCAUAGUUCUUCCUCUUCUGUCAACGACUCCUUUAACAGCGGACUCGGUUCGAGCGGAGGCGUCUCGCGUGUAUCACAAUUGCGUUAAGGCAGGUUUCCACAUUAUCAUUACAUCCUCAAUUAAAAAAUCCUUGGCCUUUUUUCAAGUUGGAACUAACAAAUAGGUCGUGAAGGAUGCUCACACUGAAGGAUGUUGCAAGAACGUCGGAGCCUCUAACUGCGUUUAGUGUUUGAACCUGAUGAGCAUCCACUUCUCGUUCCAGGCACGUCGACUAACACUAAGGCGUCAAGAACAGCUUCUAAGGAGUCCUCGACGACUCAUCUUCUAAGGCAGUCUCGAAGAGGCUCUUCUAAAAAAAAAACUAUGUUGGAUGACAAGAAUACAACUGCUCGACGUGAAGCAGGAGUAGAAAUUCUUCAAGAACGAGAGCAAGAGGACACGGACAGCGACAGCAUUACUAGACGUAGAGCUCCUUUACUAGGUCGUGGUCGUAGCAAUGUUGGUCUUCAUCGUGAUUCCACAUCCACUACAUCCACCUCGUCUAUUAAAGUGGGGACUACUUCUACUUCUAACGUCAUCGAAAAAGAUGUUGCUAUGUACGAUUGUGAUGGAGAAGGAGAAGAUGAUGAAGACCCUCUUCACAAGAAACAGGAAGAACCACGCUCAAGACUACGUGCCGAUGCUCCAGUAUUCUCUCCGGCAGCUUCUUCUCAACUACGGACACCAUUGAAUUCGUUAGCGCAACCUUUUCAGCCUUCUGGGUUUGUUUUCCCUGCCUUGUCUACACCUCCGAUGGCAACUAGAACUGGAGCAGGAUCUUCCAGAAUUCAUCAGCUUGGCAUGCCGUAAUUCCAUCGUCAUAUUAUUUGGUAAGGAUUCUACUACUACUUGAUAAAAAGAAGUGGGUCCGGGAGUCCUCUUGUUCUGUUAAAAAUAUGUGUUACGGUUUCGAGAUCUAGCACGAGUGGUGGGACCACUUCAUUUGUAUUUUUGGCGCUCUUUUUUAAUUGGUUUGCAAAUUUCAAAUUUGUAAUGCGUAGGAGCUGUCAAUAAAUUUAUCACAAGUUCUUCACUAUCACUAAAUAUGAGAAUACAUUUAUUUCAACUAGUACAGAAGAUCAUAUGAUGUGGUAAAACUAGUAACAAUCCUAGAAGUCCAUUCAUGAUUCGCAUUGCAAAAUGUCAAUUUGAGCUUUUGAAAUUUCGAUGAAAUAAUCAAAGCGUACGUUAUGUCAAGCAUAUGAGAACAGGAACAAAGGCGAAAUAGAGCGGCCAGUGAUGUUUGAUGUGUGUAGAGUUCAAACACUCUGAAAACAAAAAAGAACAGGAAAGUCCGGAUGAAGUGAAGUGACCUUCUGACUCUGCG